CGUCAGAUCCAGUCAUCCGAUCCGUCAUCACCAUAGGUUAUCACCAGUUUUGACGCAAAAGGGGAAGUUGGGAGGAACCAAGAGGAAGAUCUGGGAGUGACCGUUGAGAAGCACUUCUUGACUUCAGUACAGGAGAUUGGGGCUUAGGGUCAUGGCAGGAAGAGGUGGAGCAACGAGACCUAACGGGCCAAACACCGGCAACAAAAUCUGUCAAUUUAAACUAGUGCUCCUGGGAGAGUCCGCUGUGGGGAAGUCAAGUCUAGUCCUUCGCUUUGUUAAAGGACAGUUUCAUGAGUUUCAGGAAAGCACAAUAGGAGCGGCCUUCUUGACCCAGACAGUAUGUUUGGAUGACACAACAGUGAAGUUUGAGAUCUGGGAUACAGCUGGCCAGGAGCGUUACCACAGUCUGGCCCCAAUGUAUUACAGAGGAGCGCAGGCGGCCAUAGUGGUGUAUGACAUCACAAAUGAAGAAUCAUUUGCACGUGCGAAAAACUGGGUGAAGGAGCUUCAGAGACAAGCCAGUCCAAAUAUUGUAAUAGCUUUGGCUGGAAACAAGGCAGACCUUGCCAACAAGAGAGCGCUGGACUUUCAGGAUGCACAGUCAUAUGCAGAUGACAACAGUUUGCUCUUUAUGGAAACGUCGGCUAAGACUUCGAUGAAUGUGAAUGAGAUUUUUAUGGCCAUUGCAAAGAAGCUACCCAAGAAUGAGCCCCAGCCUGCAGGUGCCAGCACAGGACGCAGCAGAGGUGUGGAUCUAACAGAAACGGCACAGCCCUCGAAAGGUCCCUGCUGUAGCUCCUAAACCUCUUAACCAUCGCAUCACAUCUGGACAAGGGGCUCCUUCUUCCAAACCUCGCUCCUUGGAUUAGCUAAAGACUCUGUAUAACCGUGUUUCUAAUACUUUUUUUUUACUUUAUUUUUAAGAAAAAAAAACAAAAACAAUGUAAAUCAGCAGUCUACUGGAUGCAUGUAUCACUACAAAUGAUAAAUACACAUUUUAACUUAAUUUAGCAGGAGGACAAACCCGGAUGAAAGUGUGAGAGAGAGUGAAAUAUUGAGUGUGUUUGUUUGUAUGUGUUUAGUAUGUGGAACUGAUUACCGUAUAACCAGGCCCAGGUGCAAUCUGCACACAUGUUCUGCAAAAAUGAAUUAAAACAUGGUAAAAAUGUGUUAAUGCUAUUUUCAGUGGUAACUGUAAGCAUAAAUCAAAUUAGCAAACUAAUAAACUUCAUGAAUCCAUCACA